UGGCUGCGCGGCUGACGUGGGGCGUUCAGGUACACCCUCACCACCAGUCUACGACAUACCAGGACACAAAAUGGAGCUGGAGCUACCUGGCUGAGGAGAAGGUGUAGUUUCAGCUCGGUAUUAUGCACAACCUGAAGUUUUUCUUUUUGUAUGUAUUUGAGAAAACAACAACAACAACAAGCUAAGUCGAGUGAAACACAAAAGAAAGAGGACGAAACAUGUUCUGGACCUUUGUUAUCGCCGCCUUAAUGGCAACAGAGACCACCAUGGGCAUCUCGGUCCAAUGCCCCCAAAAGAGGUACACAGUCAUCCUCUUCCAGCCCGUCACCCUCACCUGUCAAUACCAGACGACCGCCAGUCAGCCUCCUGUUGUCACCUGGAAGUAUAAAUCAUACUGCCGGGACCCCAUCCAAGCUGCACUGAAUCCCAGCAGUGCUGAGAACAUCCUGUCUCAGAAUAACCCCAACUAUGAUCCCAACAUCGAGUGCGCCGACAGCCAGAGGACGGUGCGCAUUGUGGCCUCCAAGCAAAGCAAUUCUGUUACCCUCGGGAAGGAGUACCAGGGCCGCAAGAUUAGCAUCCUAAACAAUGCAGACCUGAAUAUCGCGCAGACAGCAUGGGGCGACAGCGGCGUCUACAUCUGUUCCGUGGUCUCUUCCCAGGACCUCUCAGGAAACGGUGAAGACUACACGGAGCUAAUUGUUCUCGAGAGAAAGGCAAAUACUACUGACCUGCUGCCUGGUAUUGACUUGCUGGUUUUGGAAGACUGGCUCCUGGUUGUUCUGGUGGCUCUGGGCUUCCUGCUGUUGCUGCUCCUGAUUGGGAUCUGCUGGUGCCAGUGCUGUCCACACACCUGCUGCUGCUACAUCAGCUGCCCCUGCUGUCCAGACCGCUGCUGCUGUCCACGAGCAUUGUACGAAGCAGGAAAAGCAGUGAAGAAAGGUAUGGGGAAUCAUUAUGCCCCCACACUCUACGCUCCCAGUAUGUACGCUCAGCCAGCAUACGGUGGCCCGCUGAUGAACCAGCCUGGUAUGCCACUGCUUCCUCUACCCAACGGAGCCGGAGGCAUGCCGCCCCACAAUGGUUAUGGUCGAGAAUACGACGGCGCCAGCUCAGUGGGACAGGGCUCACAGGUGCCUCUGCUGCAUGACCAAGACGGAGGAGGAGACCACACUCGCAGUGGAUAUCGCAUCCAGGUGGACCCUGAUGGGAACGCCACGCGCGCCAUUUACUACAUGGAGAAGGAGCUUUCAAACCUGGACCCAUCCAGACCUGCCAACUACAGCCGCUUGGAUAAUAUGAGUGAGGUGAGUUCCUUGCAUGAUGGCUUGGACCCCCGAGGUCGCGGUGGUCGUCCCCAGCCGCCAGCUCUGGCCACAGUCUAUGACCGGGAUGAAGCCAUGAGCACCAUCAGCAGCGUUUCCCAGCAAGGUCACCGCCGUGAUGACUACCCACGUCGUGGUGGAGGGUACAUGGGGGAUCGCGUGCGCGCCCGCUCCAUGGACAACCUUGACGACAUUGGACGCCGCUACCCCCGAGAUGACGUCUCUCCACACCGGCGCCCGGAUGAGCCCAGAGGCAGGAGAGGCUCGGAUGAUGGCUGGAGCAGUAGCGCCCGCAGUGGCCACGAUCGCGACUAUGACGACCGCAGGCGGCGCGACUAUUCCCCAGAAGAUCGGCGGAGAGGAGACAGAGGGACCCCCGCUGGCCUCCAAGGGAGACGCAGCCGUAGCCGGGAUGAUCUGAUGGAUAUGGAGAGGGAUCACCGGUAUGGUGGCGGCGGCACCAGGGGCGGGCGAGAUGAUUACGAUGACAGCUUCCUGCGAGAAGCCAUGGAGAAGAAGAAGAUGGGUGAGCAGCAGAGGGCACGCAGCCGGGACCGACUGGACAGUGAGAGCGACCGCUCGGAUAGGGGGAAGGCGCCACGUGGGCCCCCACCACUUCCUCAGAUGCCACCGUCUGGAUACCCCGGUCGUCGAGAUGACUACCCACCUCCUCUGCCUCCGCCGUACAGUGACAAUGAAAGUGUCUCAUCCUCAAAGAAAAGCAACCUCCGCAAGAAUGGAGCUGUGAGUCGGGAGAGCCUGGUGGUGUGAAACCAACCGUGACGUGAGCAAACCCGACCAGUAAAAGCAGCUUUGAUCCAUCGGAAAAUUGGACCCGGUUGGUUUCUAAUACUGUAGAUAUUUGUCACACUGCUAAUCUGCUGUGCAAGUUUGUUUUUUUUAUAUAUAUAUAUAUAUGUUGCAUCAGUUAUGGUAAACUUAAGUUCAAUGUGUUUAGAUACUAUUUUUUUUUAACAGGGAGGAGGUACACAGAUAAAGUAUAAUGUGCCUUUUCAUGUAUAAAACAUUGUGGCUGCCACAAGUGCCUUAGUGUGUACAGAAUUUAACUUGUUGACGUGAAAGUCAAGUUGAGAAAUGAAUUCCGAUUGGUUUCACCUCUUUUAACUUUUUUUAAUGUUUAUGUAGUUUCAUUCAGCUGAGACUGAUGUCGAUUUGUAGAGGUCUAUAGAGCUUUCUGUUUUGUUUUGUUAUUAUUUUAUUAUUUUACGAAAAACGUACAUGUGCAUUUAAAGAAUUUGAUUUUACUUUGCUUUUAGUCGUGUGAGUGUGCUCAGUGUGAUCAGAAAACCUGGUGAACAAAAUAGACUUGGGUAGAAUUUAUGUUUGAGUUCUUACGUUUUUGUUUUGUUUUCACUUUUUUAUUUUUUUACACAAAAUUUCAGUUUUAACCUGCAGUAUGGUGUACAGUCGACCAGUAAUAACCACACUGAAAAUGCAAAUGUUUAUUGUGAUGUGAUGAAAAUUAAAUUUACAAUAAAGGUCCCCAUUGUCAGUC